GUUGGAGCCGAGGCUGCGGCCGGUGCCGGGGCAUUGGGGGGGAUGAGGGGGAGGCGAUGAAGUUUAAUUACGUUAAUAGCUGCGGCAGACACCACGGUGAUCAGGAGUAGAAGAUGGUCUUGAGGACUCAAGAUGAUGAACUCUGUUUAAUCUCUGACGUUGAUUAAGCUGAAUACAUUGUGAUUUUCAAUAAUUGAGACAGUGAUUCUAAAAGCUGUCUACUUUAAUGAAAAGAGUAAUGUAGUCAGCUUAACUGAAUCAACUGUAAAUUUUGAUUAGUACCAUAACAUUCAAAUAAUACACUUGGACUGCUAUAUGUUUAAUUCCCCCUUAACAGGGGAUUAAGUAAGAAAUUAUUUAUAGAAUUAGAAUUAUUUUUUUUAAAUGGAGAUGAUCAGAAACGUACCUCCUCUGGCCGACGAGCCUUCAUUGCCACUGAAUGUGGAGGAUCAGCCGUGUCCCCCACCUCUUCCUCCAAGCGUGCCGCCGCCUCCACCACCUCCCCUGCAAACGUCCAGUGACGCAGAAGUUAUGGACGUUGGCUCUGGUGGUGAUGGACUUUCAGAUACUCCCGCUGCGGACUGUAACACGUCCAGCCAAGACCAGCACCUUGCGAUGGAAUCCACUGUCUUUAACAACCAGUUGACAGCAGUCUCGGGAAGCUGUCCUCUCAAUCCGAGAACAGCGCGUCAUGCACCAGCUGUUCCUAAGUUUGCCCCUGAUAUUAAGUUGCUGAAAGAUGUUAAAAUCAGGGUGGUUUUUUCAGAUAACAGUAAAAAUAAAGACAGACAGGUAGUAUAUGCUGGUGUUGGAGCUGGUGAGAAAGGUACUGAACUUAGCAAUAGCACGAAUGGAGGUUUGCAUGGCACUCCUUUUGACGGGAAGGGCGCAGUAGGGCCAGGCGGUUUUUGUAGUAAAAGUAUUGAUAGGCAGGAAGUUGAAGACAAUCAAGAGAAAAAAGUGGAAUUUGCGGUACUCGACGAAAUAGACUUCCCUGAAAACUUCGAAACCGAUGACAUGGAAGCAACGGGUUUCAAAUCUGAAAUGAUUAUUCAGCAGGAUCGCGUCGAUGAAGAAGCUCUGAGUUACUCGUUCGAGGAAGACUUUGAUCAUGAUGUUGAUGCGCUCCUGGAGGCAGUGCUGCCUCCUCCCAAAAAGAGGAAGCGGGUUGAAGAGGAUGUUACCGGUGACAGCGACCACCAAACAGAUGAAGAAACCAGUGUGCAGCCCAUGAUGACCAAAAUUAAAACUGUAUUAAAAAAUCGUGGGCGUCCACCAACUGAACCCCUUCCUGAUGGCUGGAUCAUGACAUUCCAUAAUUCCGGUAUUCCAGUUUACCUGCACAGAGAAACCAGGGUAGUUACCUGGUCACGACCUUAUUUUUUAGGAACAGGAAGUAUCAGGAAACAUGAUCCUCCGCAGAGUAGCAUUCCUUGUCUGCACUAUCAAAAAAUGAAAGACCAAGAGAGAGAGCAGAAUAUGGCAGCAAUCAAUGGUGAGGUAACCAAAGUGACCAUGAAUGGAGAUAUGUCCCCAGAAAAAAAUCAGAAUGUUUCUGUAGACGGAAACGAGGAACCAGACUACAAUGCCUCUGAGCAAAAUCUUGUCACUAAUUCAGUAUCUCUUAGUAGCUCAGGGGCAGUGAACUCUAAGUCCCCGGAGGAAAGAGAAACUUUGGGUGGAAUCGUUGCAGCGGGAGCCCUGGGGCAGGUGAAGGCUAAAGUUGAAGUAUGCAAAGAAGAAUCUAUUGCCAUUGAUGAAUUUAAAAAAUACUUGGAGAAACGCUUUGAUUUUGAACAAGUCACCGUGAAGAAAUUCAGGACCUGGGCAGAGCGUCGCCAGUUUAAUCGGGAGAUGAAACGGAAGCAGGCUGAAGUGGAGCGGCCUAUUCUGCCGGCCAAUCAGAAGUUGAUUACCCUCUCUGUUCAGGAUGCACCUACUAAAAAAGAGUUUGUCAUUAAUCCAAAUGGGAAAUCAGAAGUUUGUAUACUACAUGAAUAUAUGCAACGGGUCUUAAAGGUUCGCCCUGUUUACAAUUUUUUUGAAUGUGAAAAUCCAAGUGACCCUUUUGGAGCCUCAGUGGUAAUUGAUGGAGUCACAUAUGGUACCGGAACUGCCAGUAGUAAAAAGCUUGCAAAGAAUAAGGCUGCCCGUGCUACACUGGAAAUCCUCAUUCCUGACUUUAUCAAACAGACCUCUGAUGAGAAGCCCAAAGACAGUGAUGAACUUGAGUACUUCAACCAUAUUAGUAUUGAGGACUCGAGGGUGUAUGAACUGACGAAUAAAGCUGGACUGUUGUCACCAUAUCAAAUUCUCCAUGAGUGCCUUAAGAGAAAUCAUGGAAUGGGCGACACAAGCAUUAAGUUUGAGGUAAUUCCUGGUAAAAACCAGAAGAGUGAAUAUGUCAUGACCUGUGGCAAACACACAGUGAGGGGCUGGUGUAAAAAUAAGCGAGUUGGCAAGCAGUUGGCAUCUCAGAAAAUCCUACAGUUACUGCAUCCUCAUGUGAAGAACUGGGGGUCACUAUUACGCAUGUAUGGCAGGGAAAGCAAUAAAAUGGUCAAACAGGAAAUGUCUGAUAAAAGUGUGAUUGAACUGCAGCAGUACGCCAAAAAGAACAAACCAAAUCUGCAUAUUUUGAAUAAGUUACGAGAUGAGAUGAGGAAGCUGGCACGGGACAGGGAGGAAACACGUAAGAAGCCGAAAAUGACAAUAAUGGAAUCAGCGCAGCCAGGCAGUGAACCUCUUUGUACUGUUGAUGUGUAAAGCACUGCAUUGUGGACAGCAAUAACGCACUGGACAAAUUCAUCCUCGACAAUUAUCGCUGUAACCUUAUUUUAAAAAAACUUCAGUUGCAAAAUUUGUACAAUUUUCAAAGUCUCCCCAUCAUAGGUUAACAGUGUACUCAUUUACUUAUGCAUUACCAUUACAACAGGCAAUAUAUUACUGAACUUGAAUCUUUACCUCUGUGAUAGGAAAGGAAAUGAGACUAAAGGUAGAUUCAGAGAAUGUUGGAUAUUACCUCAGAAAAGAACCUUUAGACCAGUGAAUUUAUAAUUUGAUUAAUUAAAUUGUAGGGGUCUUUUGAAUUUCCUGCAUUGGCCAGCUUUAGAAUGGUGACUGAAAUAUUAUGCACUGAGCUGUUGGUCAAUUAACCCUUCUUAUACUGAGGGGGGGUAACUUACUGGAAGAAGUACUUUUCAUUGUUUACAUGUAACCUGGUGCCAGUGUGAGAUGGCUUUUAGUAGACACAAUCUUAAGUUAUUUCUUUUUAAUACUACUUUUUUUUGUUAGCAGUUUUUAAGCAACUUUAUGAGUAAACUACAUUUUGAAAUGAAGUGACACUUAGCCAUUACUGAAGAAACACAAAGUUUAUACAUGAGAUCAUUUGAGGACAAGGUUUUGGAGAAAAUUGGGGUUUUUUGGAAAUAUUAGAGCUUAAGGUACUGGUAUUUUGACUCAACGGUUUUAAUGGUGGCCUUUGUAGGAUGUAAUCAUUCACAAAUGGUUCUUAAAUUGGAAAAUAGUAACUACCGUGGUCUCUACUACAUGGAUACAAUGGCAUUUUCAACACAUUUUGUAACAAUUGUGACUUUGAUUUCAAUCUGUUAAUAUGCAUCGUUUUUUAAAUCUGGAAAUGGUCAAAAAUCUAGAUCACAUAUAAGUAACUAUAAUGCAUGUUGAGACUGCAAGAUACCGUUGAAGAGCUUGCGAUGUUUGUCUUUCACUUUCAACUCCUAUCGUUCAGGCAUAUAGAAAAUGUGUCAUUUUUGUGGCAGUGUUAGUGCCAUCAGCUUCGAAGUUUAGUAUUAGAGCUGGAGUUACAGUUAUGUGUCUUUAUUUAAAGACCCUGUUUCUGAUUUGCAGUAUUGUUUUAAGCCCAGAUCUUGCAAGUUUUAAAUUCUAACUCACUUGCUCAAUAUAUUUUGUUGUAGAUUUUUGUUUGUAUUUGUUUUAGUGUGGCCUUCUGUUUUAAUUGGAACAGAUUAUUAACAUACGAGUGAAUAGGUUUGAUUUGCCUACUGGCUGGAGAGUAGGUUAUAAAAUGUAUUGUUUCUCCAACUACAAUUUACAUUAUAACCAGGUAUGCACAUUUGGAGGUUUGAAAGAGAUGCUUGAAAUAGUUCUCAUCGUCUUAUAUUUACAGUCAUUUUCUUUAACAACUUAGCUUUUCUACUUCACUUGAACACAAACUAAUAACCGGAAGGAAACAAAGUACCAUGACAAAGCUCCUGUGUACUCUUGGAAACGUGAACCAAAGCUUUAUAAUUGUGUCUUAUGCAAACUGACAAGACUAAUACAUUUUUAAUGCUUGCUGCAGGCUUCAACAGUGCCGUGGGGAUGGGGGAGGGGGGAAGAAAAAUGCAGUAACUGCUGGAACAAAAUUUACGUUGUGCACUGUUUUGUCAAGUUUUUCGUGUGUUUUAAAUGUUUACUACACUUCUGUUGAAUGCAACAUUUCUCGCCUUUGCACAUAAGCACAAGAGCUGCUGUGAGAGAGUACUGAUAGUGGUUUAGCAUUCACGUGAUCAACUUUAUGAAUCCUAAACGAAUACUAGUUGUCUUACCUUCCUAAUUAAUUUGUAUGUUUAAAGUUGGUAUUUGUGUGAAUGGAUUGUGAUUUGUAAGUACAUAUUCAAUGUAGAUGUUUCUUUUUAAUUAAACAUGUCGAUUUAUUUCUGUCUCAAAGGUAAUCAUGAAGUAAAGGAUUGUAAUUUGACCACCUUUUUUUAACACAUUGGAAACAAGACUUGUGAUUAUGGGUGUCUUUUGAUUGGCUAUAGUGCAUUUUUCUUUUUUUUAAAAAGGCAUGUCUUGUUGUUGUAUUAUUGUGUACAUGCUGUUAUAGGAAGGAAUAACCAAUUGGCCUGAAAGUAUGUUAAACUUGUAUCGAAUGAUAAAGAUUUUUAUGCACAACAAGGACUUAAAAUUUAAGAGGUCAUUUAAAAAUGGGAAAGCACUAACACUCCAAGAACAGUAUUGAAGUCUUAACAUUAUGAAAUUUGGGUUUUUUUUUUGUAAAAUUGCAUUUGAUUUGUCCAGAAAUUUGAAGACAACUUUAUAUAUGGCUAUUAAUCAACUGUAGUUAUUACUGGUAUUGAUGUCUGAAUUUAUUCCAGCAAAGCUUCUAAUAACUAAUAUAUUGUAUGUUCAAGAAGUUUUUAAGUGUGAUUCUUUAUGAACUGUCAAGGAGCAAAUGAAUUCCAGUGAACAAAGAAAGCAUUCAUGGAAAUCUGUAUUCUCACAUGAGUGCAGAGACAAAUUCUUGGAAAGUUUGAUAUGUUUUUCUUGUGUUUACUUCCUGAAUUGUACAAAACAAAGCUUUAUAAACUGGUUCUCUUAUAGUGACUUGGUCUUCAUUUACUACCACGGUCCACACACUAUUACCCUUUCCCAGUGACUGAUUAAUGAAGAUUCUCAAAUUGAAAUUAAUUUCUUUUAAACUAAAGGAAUGAAGACAUUAGUAGAGUUUUAAAGGACAAAGUUAGUUACCAGUGUUUUUAUGGUUUUUUUCUCUGAUUUAGCAAGAAAUAAGAAUUAUGAAGUUUUAAGAAUCUGAUCUGUUGAACCCUUUAAAAAAUAAUAUUUUGUGUCUGAUGGGAACUUGAAGUACGAUACCGCACCUAUGAAUUAUGUGCAGUUACUACAAGUGCUAUUUUAAGUGGCUAAUUUUAAAGGUUCAAGUACAUGUCCUUUUAGCCUACGCUUGCUGCACUGCAGAGCCAUCUGGAAAUUUGUGUGGUCCUUUUCAAAUGUAAUUUUUUUUGCGCUGUAGUUUGAAGCAAUAAAGUUUGAUAACUCAUUAUAAAA